GUCAUCUUUGGGCCAAAAUAAAGAUUGUUGUGCAAGUGAAAUAUUCAAUGGGGAUAAUACUUGGUUGAAGUGAAUAAAGCCAUGGAACACAGCAUAAGUGGAAGAUAACAUUUCCACCUUAAAUAAUUAUCAGUAUCAGUUGGUCGUUAUCAGUUGGGAGCGCUGUCUUACUAUGAGACACAAAUAAAGGUAGAUAUCUUACAAUUUUGACCCUUGAAUGACACCUCUAUUUAAAGUUCAGGGCAAUCUAAUGCACCAAGCCAAACACUCGCAAAUAAAUAUAUGGCCACUAGAUUGCGCUGAAGAAUAUGUUUUCUGAUUGAAGGCAAUUUACCUAUUUCCUAAGAAACCUUCUCUUAUUCAUUGAUGGAAAACACCAUGUUAAGUUGCAAAAUUUGGCCCAGAUACUGGAUAAUCUGUUUAUGGUGGUUUUAUUCGAUCAGAAUCAACUUUGUGGACAAAAAUCACAAAGGUAAUACUUCAUUUUUGGUUGUUAAAAGAAAAGGGGACGUUUCUUCUUAAAGGGGGCCUAUUAUGCUUUUCCGUUUUUUCCUUCUCCUAUUGCGCUUUACAUAUGUUUUGGGGUAUAUAAAUGGUUGGCAAAGUUACAAUACCAGAAAAUUCCCGCAAGGGGGAGUAAAUUACUACCGCAAAUCACUUUUACCGAGCUGCCUAGAAACGGCUCGUUGGGAUUCUCUCCGCGGCUUUCUUUUACUUCCGGUACAUGGUGACGUAAGCAUGUACUUUUGCUGGGAGUCAAUGGGAGAGCGUCAUCGAUCAACUUUUGCUGCGUUCCUGGACACGUUGGGGUCGGGGGGAACGGAUCAGAAUGGACAGAAAGACAUAAUACUAUUUAUAUAUUAUACAUAUAUACAUACAUAUAUAUAUCUAUAUAUAUAUAUAUAGGGUUAUAUAUAUAUUACUUUGUUUGGACACCACCAAUUGAUCUUCAAGGCAAUUCUGCAGUUCCCGCACAAUACAGGAAUGUACGUAAAAAUCAAGUUCAACAUCUGACCUAUGGAGGGCAGUACUACGCUGAUCAGCGUCUAAACUGCCGGAAUCAGUCAGAAGAAUAGUUAGAUUUCGCUGUUCCCGCCGCCCAGCAAGUUUUUGUUAACAAUGGUUAGAAAGUGUUUUCUUGGUUGUGAAGGGACCUCUCCCUUGUAUGGUUUGCCAAAGGCAGAGCCUUCACGUAGCCGUUGGCUAGAUUUCAUUUUUAACCCUAUUCCCCCGACUUUACCGAGCCUUUUUCUGUGUCGCCUCCACUUCACGGAUGGCUGCUUCAGCAACCUGCGUUUGUUCAGCAAUGGAUUUGCGAAACUGCUAGCUCUUAGGGAAGAUGCUGUUCCAACACUUUGUGGCCCAAUGGGUGAAGAUGCCUCUCAACAUCAGGACUGCAGCGCCCAUUAUCGCCCCUUUGAACACGUCGGAUGCCAGACUGACACGCCUCAGAGGAUAUCGACGGGAACCCAAACAAACUCACCGGUGGGAAUGCAUUCUGUGGGAAUACAAAGUGCACGGUUGAAGUCGACAUCAGUCGGCACACAGUUGUCCAUGGGAUCGCUAAAGGCACACGUAAGAAGCAAAGCCAUGCAGACACAGGUGUCUCCUGUCAGUGCAGACUUCGGAACAACCGCUCAUUUGCAAGACUCACUGCUGACUUCAACCCCUAUAAAGGGCCCAGGCUGGCGACCUAGCAAGAGACCACGGCUUGAGUUGGAGGAAGAGGAGGAGAGUGACUCCUCAAAUGAAUCACAUAAAGAUCCGCUGGACUCGACAUACAACCCUGGUGACUCUGUUCUUACAGAGGAAACUGACGUCUCGUAGGUUUUUAGUAUUGGCUGCAUCGUACUAAAAGCAGCAUUGGCUAGGGAUUGGUAGCUACCAGUUUUACAGUAUUUCUAAUAUUAUUCUGCCUUAUGUUUUCUGCCUUAUGUUAGGUAUGAGACACAGCCCACACCGAAUGAGGCUAAGUAUAUUGUCUUUGAAAGCUGCCUCAAACAACUGUUAGAAAACUGCCCCGUGUGUAAGGGAGGCUGUGAUCUUCAACAGCGAAGGAUCGGUACCUAUGUGGCUUUCACUCAGAAAUGUCUACACUGCAGCUACUUCAGACAUUGGGAGAGUCAGCCCAUGGCUGGAAAUACCCCCAUCGGCAACCUGCAACUUUCAGCUGCUACCUACUUCACAGGGUCCUCCUUCAUCCAACUACAAAAGGUGUGUGAGGCCAUGCAACUCCAGAUAUUUCAGUAUGACACCUUCAGGAGGCAUGCAAGGAAUUACAUGGAACCGGCUAUUGUUCGCAAGUGGAAGAUGGAUCAGCAGCAUCAUUUCCAGCAACAGUUGCGCCUUGGUGGGUCAGUUGCAGUGGGAGGAGAUAUGAGGGCAGAUUCUCCAGGGCACUCAGCUAAGUUUGGCAGCUACUCAUUAAUGAAUCUGGAGAGCAACACCAUUCUGGACAUUCAACUUGUUCAGAGCAAUGAAGUAGGCGGCAGUUACCACAUGGAGAAGGAGGGACUCAAAAGAUGCCUAGAUCAUCUGGAGGCAAACGGAUUUAAGGCGGAUUACAUUGUUACAGACCGCCAUCCACAGAUCCAGAAAUAUCUGAGGGAACGGAACAUCACGCAGUUCUAUGACGUCUGGCACUUUGAGAAAGGUUUGUCUAAGAAACUGGAGAAAGCAUCGCACAAAGAAGACAUUCUUAAGAAAUGGCUACAGAGCAUCAAGAACCAUGUGUACUGGUGCGCUACGUCAUCAACCACUGGACCGGAAAAAGUGGCAAAGUGGACAUCGCUGCUAAAUCACUUGCAAAAUGUUCAUGAUCAUGAAGACCCCCUUUUCCCCAAAUGUCUGCAUCCUGAACGAGCGUCGAGGGACCCCAACAAAUGGCUACAACCUGGGUCAGUUGCACUUCACAAAGCUGAGAAACUACUGCUUAACAAACGAGUCCUGAAGGAUGUAGCAAAACUCAGCCAUCAUCACCAGACGUCAUCGCUGGAGUUGUUGGGCAAAAUAACCUGCUGA